GGAAGUGUUUGCUGCGGACUGAAUGCUGCAUGGUUCCGUGUUGAUUAUUAUUGCCAGAAUUACAAUCCCCAUGGCGCCCAAGAAAAGACACAUGGCUCUUAAACAAAGAGAGUUUGCAAGUCAUGUUCAAAUGAAAAGGCCUAAUCAAGCACAGGGCAUUGCAUCGUUUGAUGAGGACGAGGAUGAUUUAGAGAUGGAAAGAAACUUUGCUUUGUUCAAUCAACCCGGUCCUGUUCAACAAUCAGAGAAGGAUGAGGAGGACAUGAGUGGUGAAGAAUCUAAUGAAGCAGUUGAGGAUGCUGAAAAUACAGACGAAGAAAAUAAUUACAGUGAGGAUUCUGAGAAAGAGCAUGGGCAAGCUGAGAGUACUGACAUGACCGGGUCAGCGGAUUCACAUAACCAAAUAGACUUUAGACGAAACAACACCAAGACUGAGUUUGAACAAGAUCUGUCAACUUUGUCAUUUGAAGAGAUUAUAAGGUUACAAAGCAAAAUUGGAUCUAAGGCAUGUAAUAAGCUUACUCGUGAGGCAAAAAAGGGAAAGCGGAAUUCAGAACCUGUUAAACAAGGGACCAAGGGCAGACCCCAAGAGAUUUCAGCCAAGAAACCAGUUUCUUUUCUUAGAAAAGUAGGAUCUUUUAAGGAACCUAUUUUACGGGAUCCUCGUUUUGACGAUCUUUCAGGAGAAUUUAAACCAGAAGUGUUCCGCCAGACAUACAAGUUCAUCAAUGACGUCAAACAAAGAGAAGCAGAGAUGCUGAAAAAAAAGCUGAAGAAAGUAAAAUCAAAUGCAAAAAAGGAAGAAUUGAAAUCAUUUCUAAAGAGAAUGGAGAACCAAAAACGUAACCAUCAAAGACAAGAGCAGCAAAGAGAGAAGGAGCUUUGUUAUAAGAGGAAGCAGAGAGCAUUGGUGGGAGAUGGGCAUAGACCUUUCUAUCUCAAGAAAUCUGAUAAGAAGAAACUGCAAUUGGCCGAGAAGUACAACCAGCUGAAAAAGAGUGGGAAGCUGGAGAAUUUCUUGAGCAAGAAGCGGAAACGAAAUGCUGUUAAGGACCGCAGGAAACUGCCCUGAAAAACAGAACAUGGAUCAGUCCGGUCAAAUCAACUUGUACACGGUUUAUUGGACAGCCUUUGUAUGUGACGAUGCAGAGUUAGGCAUUGGACUGAGUAAUAGUGUUUUCAAAGGACUUUUCUGGUGACAGUUUCUGUUUGAUUUAUUGUACCGAAAAAUUUUACAUUUUCAGAUACAUUCUUUGCUUGUGAAAAAAUGAGGAGUAUUUUGAUAAACUGGAGUAAUUUAAGAUACGUGUGCUAUUUUGAAAUCAGCAGUAGAUGGAGCUGUUGGUCUUCUGUAUACAUUUUCUUCCAAAACCUCAACUAUGGAACAUUUUAUAUGGCCCAUAUGCAGUGACUUUAACCCAGUAGUAAAGUUUGGUCAUCUUUGCUUGAAUGUCAACCUUAUAAUUUGAUCCAGAUCAUACUUAAUCCAACCAUUUAAAGCACUCAUUUGAUAUUAAAAAUACAUAAAUACACAUGCAGGCUAUUUUCAUCCUUAUUUUGGGUUAUUUAGCUGUUGUUGUUUUUUUGUUGUUGGUUUGUUCCCCCCCCCCCAAGUCUGCAGUACAAAAACAAUCAGGCUUGGUUAUCAAUCUAAUGAUAACAUCAUGAAGUUUUAUAUUGAGAAAUUCUAGUAAAUUUUAAUUAACCUUGUUUUUCCACUCAGAGAUGCAUAGAAAGUGACUGUUUUCUGAGAGAUCAUACUGUAAUUCUGCAACACCAGCUAGUUCUAAAUAAAGGCUGAUAUUAAAGAACA